UAAGCCACCUUGACCUUACGUAGAUCUCUCUAUAUAAACAAAGAGAUACGCCAUGCUGCCGCCGAGGUCAGUGUUAAUUACAGGUGCGAGUCGUGGUCUCGGGCUAGAAUUUGUCAAACAGUUCCUUCAGGCACAAAGCCCACCCGACUUUCUCUUCGCAACAUGCAGAAACCCGGAAACCGCAAAGGAAUUACAAGAGGUAGCCAAAUCCAACUCUUCGGUAACAAUUAUGAAACUAGAUGUAAACGAACCUAACUCUUUUAACGAAGCCAGAAAAAUUGUGGAGUCUAAACUCGGAGAACAAGGACUAAAUCUACUUCUUAACAAUGCUGGCAUUAAUCAAAAGGCAUCGCUGGAAGCCGUAACACCGGCAAUGAUGUUAGACACAUUCAAUACAAAUGUUAAUGGUCCUCUGUUUACAACAAAGACAUUUCUCCCACUACUUCUACGAUCUGCGCAGACCUCAUCACACAGCAACCCUUCCUCCGCCGUAGUAAAUAUGUCCUCUAUAAUGUCCUCCAUUACACUGACUGAAACAUCAAAUUCGGUAGAAUACCGAGUCUCAAAAGCAGCUCUGAACAUGUUGUGUAAGAUUCUGCACAACGAACUGAAGGACAAGGGAAUCCACGUUGGCGUUUUACAUCCGGGAUGGGUUCAAACAGACAUGGGAACCACCGCCGCUCCUGUUACCCCCUCCCAGAGCGUCAAAGGUUGUCUGGAGGAGAUGUUGAAAAUGAACGCAGACAACGCAUGCGUUCUGACAGAUUAUUCCGGGAAACCGUUACCAUGGUGAUAUCUGAUAGGAGUUUUACAAGCAUUUCAAUUGUAUUACCCUUGCAAUGGAAUGGCAGCUAUAUAUAAAGUAGCUGGAUAAGGUUAUACUUCUAGUUCCAAUAUAUCUGUCAAAUAUCAGGAUUGUAUUAUAAGACUGAUAAGUAUAGGAUCUUUUUAAGUAGGUAAAUGUCCACAUAAGCACAUCUAGAUAUUAUUAUAGUAUUGUACAUUCAGCAAGUUGUCAAGUUGUUUGAAGAUUUUGGAUCUUCACAUAUAAAAUAAGAAUUAAAAUA